GCGCUUCGUUGAGCACACAUUCAACUGGCUCUUCAGUGAUAACAACGAGUAGAAACAAACGGUGUUUUUCUUUGAACUUACACAGCAUUUCAAAAGAAAAUCUACAAUAAAAUGAAGUGGAUCAUCGCCGUCGUCCUAUUGGCAACCCUGGCCGGCGCUCAACGUCCAGAACGUGACAUCGGCCUUCAUCUGAGCGGUGGCCAUCAUCACGUUGAACAUCACGGACACGGAGCCAAAGGAGCCAAAGUUGAAGCGUCAGCUUCGGCUGUCGUUGAAACGAAAACAGGGUACGGACGGGACAUCCCUCAGCCUCCGUUGUCCAUCGACCUGACACCGGUGGUGAAGGAAGAACCGGCCAAAGAUGUGCCCAGUUUGAAUCAAGAAUAUCUGCCGCCAGUGGCCGAACCUGUCCAAGCAGCUGCUAAGGGCUACCCGAGAGAGAACCCACCCAACCCGUUGAAGUUGGAUCCUCAGGCAGCCACCAAAGUGGAGGUGCGUGUCGACAGUUCCACGGCCGCGCCCAUGAUGAUGGGCGGAGAGAUCCCAGGCAAUGCUGGAACUGAUUACCCUAUUUUCGAUACCAUCCCGGAGACCAAGUUCAACUGCAACGACCAAGCCACCGGUGGUUAUUAUGCUGAUGUCGACGAAGGACGUUGUCAGGUAUUCCACGUGUGUCACGAUGGCCGCAAGUUCUCUUUCCUCUGCCCCAACGGCACCAUCUUCGAUCAGAGGGUCUUUGUUUGCAACUGGUACUUCAACGUGGAUUGCGCCGCGUCCAAGGAUUUCUACAACCUCAACGCUCAGAUUGGCGUCGUACCCGAGAAGGCACCCGAACCGUUGGCCGUCGCCCCGUCGCUAGUUGAUACGCAGCAAGUGGACAGUCCGAAUCAAGAGUACCUGCCACCGCCCACCAAACAAGUGGCCAAGGUUGAAGCGCCGGCCUCAUCUUACGUGCCACCCAACGUAGCGCCCAAUGCCGUCGAAGCUCUUUCCAACGGUAUCAUCAAGGCCGACCCGCCAACUCAGAGCUAUUUGCCCCCCAAUUAAAGAACUCCAUUCGAAUGCUGAUAUAUCGAGCGAAUUUAGUUUGCCUAAUUUCCCACUUGACUCUAAUCUAUAACCCUUUUCUUGACCGAGGCAUCGGGUUCUCUUUUCUACGGAGCCCGUGUAUAUUUUGAUAUCGUCCAUGCCAUGGCAUUCCAGAAAACCCGCAACAAAUGCGUCCCUUUUCGAGCUUCACUGUGAAUGAUUUGCAAACACAUUUAACCGUUGAGAUUUUGAAUUUUUUUUUGAAUUUAAUUUUGGAGUGGGAGACGGUGUGGCUUGUCGAAACCAACCACGGAUGAAACCAAGUUGUGUACACACGUUAUAUACUAAAUAUCUAUUCGUUUCGUGAUGGCCAAAAUACAUGCGUUUAAAAAUAGAA